CACGCCUCAACACGCCCCCUUUGUCCGGGUUUGUGUAAAGUUUUGACUCUUAACCGCUUCGAUGAGACAAACUGUAUUUAUUUCGAAGCUAACUCAUCUAAUACAUCCGCUUUUACGACAUGUUUGGAUGUAAUUGAUUUUUGUUUGGACCCUGUUGGAUGUAAGCGACGAAACCGAGAGCAGGAUCCGUGGGGAGUCGAAGGAGGUUCGUACGUUACUGAAGUCAGUGUUAACGUUGCCCAUUUUGAGAGAGCUCCGGAAGAGUAUCCUGGACAAAACGCACAUCACACACAAACACACACUUCCCAGCCCCACUGCUGUGGUGAAUAUUAGCUGAGAGAAACCCCAACUGUUGUGCACUGGAUUCCACCAUCGGAAAACCACUUUGUAAGGGCAAAAACUUUCAAUAUUUUGUUCUCUCUGGGACGCACAACUUUUCCCUAAUGGAUUACUUUCUGGACUUGGCUCGGAUCAGCUCUUCAUAAUGCUCUUCGAUGGCUGUGAGCAGUGCAGUGGUUAGCAUGCAGAAUGAAAACCGAACGUUUGUCCACUACAGGAUGGAGGCGUCCUGUUUGGAUCUGGCUCUGGAGGCAGAGCGUCUGUGUAAGGUGGGAGAUUACAGCGCCGGUGUUUCGUACUUCGAGGCUGCCAUACAGGUUGGCACAGAAGACCUACAGGUUCUAAGCGCCGUCUACAGUCAGCUGGGGAAUGCCUACUUCCACCUGCACGACUACAGCAAAGCUCUGGAGUUCCACCACCAUGAUCUUACACUCACUAGGACCACUGGUGAUCGGCUUGGUGAGGCCAAAGCCAGCGGAAACCUGGGGAACACAUUAAAGGUUUUGGGACGCUUUGAUGAAGCGAUUGUCUGCUGCCAGAGACAUUUAGAUAUUGCCAGGGAACUGGGUGACAAGGUUGGGCAGGCCAGAGCACUUUACAAUUUUGGAAACGUGUACCAUGCCAAGGGGAAGAGUGUCUGCUGGAGUGGAGCAGAACCUGGAGACUUUCCUGAGGAGAUCAUGACAGCACUUAGAAGAGCCGCUGAGUAUUAUGAGGCGAACUUGUGUAUCGUAAAGGAGCUUGGAGACAGAGCUGCACAGGGGAGGACCUAUGGAAAUCUAGGGAACACCUACUACCUGCUGGGAAACUUCAGGGAUGCCGUGGCCUCUCAUGAACAGCGUCUGCUUAUCGCUAAAGAGUUCGGUGACCGGUCUGCAGAGAGAAGAGCCUACUGCAACCUGGGAAAUGCUUGCAUAUUUCUUGGGGAGUUUGAAAGGGCUGCAGAACAUUACAGGAGAGCUCUACAGAUAGCCCGACAGCUGAAGGAUCUGGCGGUGGAGGCUCAGGCCUGCUACAGUCUGGGUAACACAUACACACUAAUGCAGGACUUCGAGAGAGCCAUAGACUACCAUCUCAAACAUCUCAUCAUCGCUCAGGACCUCAAUGACAGAAUCGGUGAAGGCAGGGCCUGCUGGAGUUUAGGGAAUGCACAUACAGCAUUAGGCAAUCAUGACCAAGCUAUGCACUUCGCAGAGAAACACUUGGAAAUCUCAAAAGAGACCGGAGAUCGUAGCGGUGAGUUGACUGCUCGCAUGAACGUCUCAGAUCUUCAGAUGGUGCUCGGCAUCAGUUACAGCACAAACAAUUCAGUUCUGUCAGAGAAUAAAGAGAUCGACUACAACCUGCAUGGAGCCAGACCCAGGAUGAGCCGACGACACAGUAUGGAGAACCUUGAGCUGCUGAAACUCACUCCUGACAAGAUCAACGCCAAUGGUCAGAAGUGGACCAGUGACAUCCUCUUCAAGCAGUCCAAAUCCUCACUAGCCAAGUCAUCUUCAAAGCUAUCUUUUGUGAAUCGUUUCCGAGGAAAGAAGCACAAACUGCAGAGCAGCUCCAGUAAAAUCCUGCAGGAUACCAGCAACACACGGGACGCUCCUCAAAGCAAACAUGGAAGUACAGACAUGUUAGGAGACGAGGGCUUCUUUGACUUGCUGAGUCGAUUUCAGAGCAACCGGAUGGAUGACCAGCGCUGUGCCAUACAAGAUAGCAAGAGCCACCUGUCUGUUAACUCCAUCAGCGCUUCUCCACCCACCACACCACCCAGAACCAUCAGGAAAUCAUUCUCAGAGUCAGCUGCAAGUCCAGGUCAGGAGCCGUUUCUCAGACUGCUGGCGAAUGCUCAGGGCAGGAGGCUGGAUGAGCAGAGGGCAGGAACGGGGAACAGUUUGCCUGGCCUGCGCACCCUGAAUGAACACAGCAGCACCAACAACAGACAGAUGAUCCUCAGCCAGGUCAUGGCCAGCACAGACGCCACCGAACCCGACGACCAGUUCUUUGACAUGCUCGUCAAGUGUCAGGGGUCCCGCCUUGAAGAUCAGAGGUGUGCCCCUCCUCCGCCCUCCACUCGUGGCCCCACCGUCCCAGAUGAAGACUUCUUCAGCCUCAUCAUGCGCUCACAGGCCAAGAGGAUGGAUGAGCAGAGAGUCACGCUUCCCUCCUGCCGCUGAUCAAGCAUGCACUUAUUCUUCUGAGCUCCGUAUCAAGAAAUGAGCUCUCUUUGAUGCACAUUACAGACCUCACUCUGGUAAAACAGUGAAGAUCACGUAACAUGCCAUCAGUCUGAACUGUCCUGUCUGCUACAUGACUAUGAGUGGCGUAUUAUUUACACUUUUACUAAUCAACUCUGGGAGGGGGGAGAGGUUUUUAUGUAAAUAACACUUUUAAUUUUGAUUUGGAUUGACGCUCUUUGUACAUUUUGCAUUUAUAAUGGUUUUAAAGGAUGUUUUAGCUCGGCAUGAAUUGCUUUGGUUAUGAUCACUACAGUAAUUCAUACAAAUGUAUCUUUUGAUGCAAAACUGCAGGUUUGAUUGUAUUUAUUUAACAUUUUUAUUGUUGGUAGUUGCCUAAUACUUAAUAUUAGAUUUGUAUUUGUGACAAAUAACUUUGUCUUUUUUGUAUUAUCACGUUUAGUUUAUAAAAGAAGUGGUUAAACUUAAGUGUCCAAUUGGAAGAUUCACUACAGCUGUAUAGCAAUAAAACCUGUACACAAACAUUUCACAUUUAGUUUUUCAAAUGCUUUAUUAGACAAGAUGUAAGCACAGUAAACAGAAUGUUUUUCACAGGCAGGCAGAUCAUUUAAAUGUUCCUUAUUUUCAAAAAUUAGUCAUGAAAUAUCAUGGGAUAUUAAAAUGUCCAUUCCAGACACUAAAGGUCAA